AUGGCCGCCCGUGUCGCGUACCGGCUUGUGGUUUGUGGGUUGCUCUACACGGGUUUCUCCAACCGACUCGGGGCGAUAGGCAAUGGGAGCAGGAAAAGGGGCCACCCGGCGUCGCGGUUCGCCUCUGGCCUGCCAUCGGUGCAGUUGACCGGGCCGCCGGAGCAGUUCAACGGGGCGCCGGUUCCCGACCUCAACCGGACGCCUAGAAGCGGUGAAUCCUGCCCGGGCGCGACACGGAAGGCGCGCCAGGUGCCGGAGGAGAGCAUGCCACAUCCCCGCAUCAUGUUCGACGAAAUGGCGCCGCCUGCCCCGACGAUGGACGACCCGUUACGUCAGCUCUGUCAAUGUGUGCGAGUGUUGUGUAUCAUGCGUCUGAUGUCCGGUCAUUCGUAUGACUAUUGGAAGGACCGCCAUGACUCACACAUCCAGCAAAUUAUCUACGGUGGCGGCUUCGUUCGCGGUGAUCCGGCCGGGAUAGGCCCGCAUGAUGACUGGGCAGCAACGCAAGAUGCGGAGGACAUCGAAACCGCACGGCUGUUCGCCACCCAGCAGACGCAGCCAACACCCGUGUCCGUCGACGACUUCGACGACGCGCCAACACAGCCUGACAUUGCUACGAAGAAGAAGGGGAAGAGCCUAAGGACACAAGGCUUCGUCGACGACGAGGAUAAGUGUUUGUGUGAAGCGUGGCUGGCAACGAGCCAUGAUUGUAUUAAUGGCGCGCAGCAAAAGGGCAAGGUCUAUUGGGCCAAGGUCUUGCAGCGGUACAACGAGACCAGGAUGCACCCGCCCUACCAUAUCACAAGCCCUCGGACGGAAGAGUCCCUCCGGAAAAGAUGGAACUACAUCAAACAAGAGACAAGCAAGUUCUGCUCGGCGGUCGAACAUGCUAUUAACAACCCCGUAAGCGGCGCUGGCGUCAUGACAGUGGUAUCCCGCGCCUUGGAGAAGUUCAGGGCGACGCAUAAGAAGGGCUUCCAUAUGGUCCAUUGCUGGGACGUGCUCAAGAACGCCAACAAGUGGAUGACAAGCUUUGCGUCAUACAACGAAGCUGUGAGGAAUGGGACAGCGAUCAACCUCGACGACGAAGACGACGAUCAAGGCCGUCCAUCCCUUCCACCUCGUCCACGAGGCCAUAAGGCUACCAAGGCCGAUCUUGUCCGGGAGGCGCAGGCCAUUGCGUUCACCCAGAGCAUGGAGAAGAAAAUGGCCGACAACCGUGCCGCCUUGGCUGCUAGGGACGAGAAGAGGCGUCUGGAAAAAGAGGCCGCAACUGCCAUCUACCACAACCUCGCGAAAGAGAUCAUGGCCGACAGUUCAGACGAGUUUUUCUACAGCAAUGCCAUCGACACGUCCUCCGACGAGCCUGACGAUGACACUGAGUUCUUCGAGGUCAUGGUCCUUCUCGUCCAUGAUCAGGACCAGCACGAGCAGGGGCUCGGUUAA